GUAGCAGAUCGGCGCUCUCCCCGUGGAAGACUCUCUGUACUUUGCCUUCUUGACACACCUUUUGUUGUCUCGUCUAGCUAGAGUCGGCUAACGGUUGCUAGCGAGCAUCACCCGCCUCGACUACCCGACAACAGUAAAGUGAAGUUGGGAAAACAGAGUUAUUCUGAAGCCGAGGGAGUCGAGGAGUGACGGCCAACACACUGCCAGGAUGAGUGGUGAUGAAUUGAACCCAGCUGCAGUGGCUCAACCAGUGGAGGAUGUGCAGGGGGAUGGACGGUGGAUGUCACAGCACACAAGAUUUGUGCAGGAGUGUAAGGAUGCUGAACCAGACGUGCUUUUUGUGGGGGAUUCUAUGGUACAACUAAUGCAGCAGUUUGAGGUCUGGAGGGAGUUAUUCUCUCCUCUUCAUGCGCUCAACUUUGGCAUUGGAGGGGACACCACCUGCAAUGUGCUGUGGAGGCUGCAGAAUGGAGAGCUGGAGAACAUCCGUCCCAAGGUGGUGGUGUUGUGGGUAGGAACCAACAAUUACGAACACACAGCGGAGCAAGUUGCAGGAGGAAUCCUUGCUAUUGCACAGCUGCUCAUCUCUCGCCUCCCCAAAGCAAAGAUAGUUGUACUGGGUUUGUUGCCUCGAGGCGAGCGUCCCAACCCACUGAGGGAGAAGAACGCUGCCGUUAACGGGUUCCUGCGCUCCUGGCUGCCGCGGCUAGGCAAGGCUCAGUACCUGGAUGUGAGCGGGGAGUUCGUCCACUCAGAUGGAACCAUCAUCCCGCAGGACAUGUUUGACUUCCUCCACCUGACGUCGACGGGCUACCGCAGCGUAGCGAAGCCCCUCAGCGACCUGCUGCUUCAGAUACUGGAGGAGACGCCGGAGGAGAGACGGGCGUCGCUGGUUUGAGGGCCGCGGCCGAGCAGCACAUUUACCCAGAGGCAUGUCUCACCUGCUGCUGUGGGAGAUGGGGGAGACAUGUCCCUGGUAUCUGCUGGAGGAAGGGCUCACUCAUAGGGGGGAGAGGCACCCCGAUGUGAGUGGGCCCAGAGAGGGGGUGUGGGAUCACAUCAUGAGCAGAGGGUUGGGUGUGGAGAGGUGCUGAAGAGGGAGAGAGACCUCACUACAGACGUAGACACUGUGAUUGCAGUAGUAACUAUUGCAAAAGGAUUUAUCAAGGUCAAACUACUAUAUACUGAGAUCAUGUGGCGCGCACACACACACAGAUUAAUCUUAGCCUGUGGAUAAAAUGUGUGUUUCUCUCUGUCACCUGUGCCGCAGAGAUAUGAUACAAAACAGAAAAACACAAUCUGAUUUUUUCCUCGUCUUGUUAAACAGUUAAAUCUGCGGCCGCCCUGUUAACGCAUGAGAACCCCAGUGCAAACAUACUCACAGAGCAUCAUCCAGCAUUGUUCAAUGUUACGAGUCUGACCAGUAUGCCACAGAGCAGCGGUUCCCAACCUGGGGCUGAGGGCCCCAAAGGCGUCACAAAAGCUGUUACACAAAAUUCUGUUUAUUUUUUCCGACAACAAUCUGAGACAAUCUGAGAGUCUCCUUUUUAAGGGUCCACAAGUCCAAAAGGUUGGAACCAUAGCCACAAAGGGGCUACUGCUAAGAUACACACUAUGUAUUGCAGUGAUUCUGCGUAAAGCGUAAACCUGUGAAACAAACGGCAUAUAAAAUAAUUACACAAAUUCACUAUGAUAGUUUUGUGAGUCCAGCUCUUGAUGUGUACUAUUUCAUAUAAUCGGCUGAACACGGAGCACUUAGCCGGCUAGAUGUUCACCUUUGAACUCGGUGUGUAACUCUAGAUGUCUUUUGAAACUGUUAAUCAAUACUAAAUAGAUCGGUGUGUGUCUGGAGAGUUAACUAGCUGUCCACAGACCACACAUACAGCAGAUCACUGCUGCAUUCCUGUAAAUGGUCACUCAAACCUGAUGUUGGUGUUUCGCUGCGUGCAUGUUUUAAGACGAGCCUCAGCUUUGGUGUAGAUCAUCAGCCAACGCUUGUGUGUGUGUGUGAAAUUCUUGACUACCAGCCAUGAUCAUGUGUUCAUACGUAUCAGUUAGUGAUGCCCAGUAAGGCUGUUGAAUCUACUUGUCUGAUAAUGUGCAUAGGUCUUCCAAACACCACCUGCUGCUUACAUGCACAUCACAUCCAGCUAGUUUAUUUACACUGUAUUUGUAGAGUUACAGUGCACCAUUUGGGACCAGGUAAAUCUACUCUUACAUUUCAUUUUAAUGUCUAAAAAAAACAAGGAGGUUAAAUAUUUCAGAUGUUUUGUAUUGUUAAACUAAGUCUUAACAGCUUUUAAAAUCAUGCUCCUAAUGGCUUCUUGACUUUGUCCUCGAUAUCUGUUAAAGGACAUGUUUGAAUAGAAAAAGAAAUCUCCACACAUCAUUUCAGGCCAUGAUAUUGCAGUGUCUUGAUGAGUAUGUGUGCUCUGUUUUUCAGCAGUAUUGCCGUGCAACAGUGCACUUGAUUUCAUUGUUUUUUUUUUACAGCCAUGUAAAAACAGUUCACAGUAGCUCCUGCCGUCGCCUCACAUUGCUGAGCACAGCAGGAGGUAUUCCUUUUAAAAACCCAGAUUGAUUUGGGACAGUUUCUUUCCGUACCUGUAACUCACACUAAUAUCAAACACUCACAGGCUCUCUCUCCCUCCCUCUCCCUCCUCAACACUUGCAUAUACAGUAUUUUCUCUCCGAGGCACCUCUUUAUUCUGUUUCUCACCACCUCUUUAUUUCUCUCCCUGUUGUAUUUGUAGUUGACUCUAACCCAGCCGUGCCACCCUGGGACCUGACAUCUCCACAUGACACAGUUACUGAAUAUUUUUAAGAAGAAAAAGUAGCCACAUGGUAAAGCUACUGAACACAGCUAUACUGAAUAUUGUCACGCUAAAUGCUAAAAAGCAAUCGCAGUUCAUGUAAAGAGAACCAUUCGUCUGUGAGCUUAUACCGAGAGUCUUUUGUCGAGCAUUAAAUUAUCCGACGCUACUGCUGUCUUAAGCUCUGCACAUGCGCGUGCUGUGUUAAAUAUAAAUAGUGUAUGUGUGUGUGCCUUAAGUGUUCAUGGGGACGGCUGUGUACAGUGUGUCUGGUACUGGAUUGUGUAAGGUGGGCGUAUGAGUGUCUAGAAGUGACCCCAGUUGUAUAUAAGACAUGUGAAGCUUGAGGAAAUGAUGUUUGAAGGGGGUUCAGAUUGUGGGCGUCUGUGUUUGGUGCGAUACAGCAUUUGCACUGUUUUGGCUCGUUGUCACGUUACUGAGGUAAAG